AUGCAGCAGUCGAAUACGGAUCAUUUCAUUCCCACACAAGUUUCUACAACGGCUGACAAAGAAACAGUUCCCUCCAAUGAAAUUGCGGAAGAACUUCGCAAUUCACCGAGUGCCCCAAUAUCGAACCUGAUCGAAAGUAAUACCGAAGUGAUGCCUGUUGAAGUUGAAAAUAUUGUGGCAACAUCCUCGAACAAGACUGAAGAAAUGAAGAAUAAGCCUGUGAAGGUCCAGACGUGUGAUAAAGAGGAACCCACGACAAAUGGAGAGUUAGUGACUGAACGCAGUGAUGAGAAAGUUAAAUCGUUGGACACUGUUGAAAAAAGCAGAACUAUUGAUUCAGCCACUCACAGACUAGCAGCUUUGCUGGCCUGCCCACCUUUAUGCAAUCUGCUGAUAGGACUUUCGAAGAAUUUGACGGAGAAUGGACACGGCCUACCACCCAUCAUAAAGAACAUGUGCAAAUUCAUCAAUAAUUUCGAGAAGCUGCCCGAUUCCUACCUAAACCGUAUAUCGAAAAGGAACAAGAAGAAACAGGGGAGUUUCGACUUCUCCUGCGGCGACUCGAUCGAAGCCUCUUCGAUCUACACCAUCCUGAAUGAUACCAGAAGCGACUCGUUUCUUGUCGAGGGACGUCAAGAGGACGCUGAGGAAUUUUUGGGUCUACUGCUGAACGGACUGAAGGACGAAAUGAUGAAUAUAAUCGAAUCCUGCAAAACUGAGAACAAAAUAGAAAUGAAUCACGACUCCGAAGACUGA